AUGGAGUGGAGCUCAUCAUCAUCGCACGCCAACCCAAGCAAUCAUUAUAAUGCGAAUCUCACCCAUGAGCGCGAUCAGAGCGUGUAUGGCUCCAUGGACGCGCGCGCCUCGUCGCUGCUAAACACGGACGACGCGGGCCUUGCGACGACACUGCUGACGGCGUCCAUCACCGACGCGGCCGCAGGGAUUUCAUUCUCGCGCAACCAGUGGUCGUUGCAGAUGCAGGAAGCGACGGAAGCUCUGGAAGCGCUUCAGAAUCAAUCCAGGCACUAUCGUCAACUGAUCAGCAGCAUGGACCUGAACCAUCGCAAGCUGGACUUUCGUACAGCAGAGUUCCGCUACCACGCCAAGCUCUUUGAAGUUGAGGCGGACAAGCUUCGCAAAGAGCAUGAACUCAACUCAGAGGAGACCAUGCAAAUCACCCUGCUCCUGGAGCGAUGGAAGCGAGAGUUUGAAGUUGAACGUCGGCGCGCGAACAAGGCUGCCGGUGGCAAGUCUGGCGGGACACUUUGA